AUGGGAGCGUUCGCUGCUCAAGGGUUUGCUGCCCUUGUCGCGACACUGGCGACAUUCAGCGUUGGCCUCAUGUUGUCCUGGAUAACGCCGUCUCUACCAAAAUUUUUUCACGAAGCAAGCAGCGUAAAUUAUGAAGAUGAGAUAAAAGUAACACCGGAAGAAGGUUCUUGGAUAGCGAGCAUGCUGUUUUUGGCUACCGUAUUUGGACCGCCGCUGAGCAUGAUCACGGUCGAUCGGAUCGGAAGGAAAUGGUCGCUCGGUGGAAUCGUCGUAAUUUUGUUAAUAUCUUGGAUCAUUACCGGAUGGGCGAGAACCGUUGAGUUGAUUGACGUCGGUAGAUUCAUCGGUGGACUUGCUGUGGGUGCAGUUUUCCCUUUAACAGCGAUUUAUCUUGGGGAAAUCGCUGAAGAUAGAUCACGCGGUAUCGUGAGCUCGGCGCUUUCGGUCUCCAUGAAUGCAGGGCAGGUCUUGGCUGUGGGUGCUGGACCGUGGGUUUCGAGAGCAAUGCUUUCGACCAUCUCGAUCAUUCCACUGACUGUAUUCAUCAUCGCAUUCCCAUGGAUCCCAGAAACUCCUUACUAUUGGCUAAUCAGAGGAGCGCGAGAAAAAGCAGCGACCUCCCUCAUAUUCCUGCGGCAAAGGUCGGAUGUGGAGAAAGAAUUGGCUGCCUUGGAGUCGGCUGUGUACCAGGAUCAAAAGAAUCAGCAUGGAUUCGGUGCAACGACACUGUUCCGAGUUCGGAGCAGCCGAAGGGCUUUUCUAAUUGGAAUAGGACUGAUGACGUUCCAACAGCUUUCCGGUUCUCAAGCGAUAAUAUCGUAUGCCGGUAUUAUUUUGACGACUUCGGGCAUCCCCGGUUGGACCAACUGGUCCAUGUUUAUACUGGGGAUGUUCCAACUCGUUGCCGCAUCAGGUUCGCUUUUCCUCAUCGACUCGCUCGGGCGUCGUCCACUUUUAAUAUCGUCCUCUCUGCUCACUAGUAUUUUUAUAUUCCUUGAGGCUGUUUUUUUCCAUCUGCAAUACCUCGGCUGCGACAUGAGCUUGUUCCGGUGGGUACCACUCGUCGGACUCGUAGGAUUUACCGUUGCCAUCGUGCCGGGACUUUGCGGUGUGCCGUGGCUCAUGAUCAACGAAAUAUUUUCCGCGGACACGAAGGCUUUCGCGUCCAUGUUACUCGGCAUGUACGGUUCGUUACUAGGAUUCCUCCUGACCAAGCUCUACGAACCUGCUUCAUCGGAACUCGGC